CGGCUACUUGAGCACUUCCGGGUCGAGGACGAACGCCGCGUGACGUCGCUGAGGCGUUGGGAGCCUCGCGCCUGUUAUUGUUCCUGCUCCCUCGAGCUGCUGCCAUCUCGCGCCGCGGGACGCUUUCAGCCUCCCCGUUUUGGGACGAGGCAAAAAGAAGUCCGAGGAAGGCAAGAGAAAAGGAAGGCGCGCGCGCGCUCCCCCGCCCCCCCGUGUGUCCGGCGUGGGAGGUCGUUGAGAAAAAAAACAAACAAACCUGUCAGGGGCGAGAGGGCGGGGGGGUCGGCGCUCCUGCUAACGGUUUCGAACCUUCCGUCGCGCGCGAGCCCUGACACCGAAGGGCGGGAGGGGGCCCGACGCCGCGUCACUGAGGAGCGAGCAGCUUAACAGCAGCAGCAGGAGGAGAAGGAGGAGGCGGUGGCGGCGGAGAAGAAGCCGGCAGUGAAAGGACAUGGCCUACGCCUAUCUCUUCAAAUAUAUCAUAAUCGGGGACACAGGUGUUGGAAAAUCAUGUUUAUUGUUGCAGUUCACAGACAAAAGAUUUCAACCAGUGCAUGACCUCACUAUAGGUGUAGAAUUUGGUGCCCGAAUGAUAACUAUUGAUGGGAAGCAGAUAAAACUUCAGAUAUGGGAUACAGCUGGACAGGAGUCCUUCCGUUCCAUCACAAGGUCAUACUACAGAGGAGCAGCAGGGGCUCUACUAGUGUAUGACAUUACAAGAAGAGACACUUUCAACCAUUUGACAACAUGGUUAGAAGAUGCUCGCCAACAUUCCAAUUCCAACAUGGUCAUUAUGCUUAUUGGAAAUAAGAGUGAUCUAGAGUCUAGAAGAGAAGUGAAAAAAGAAGAAGGUGAAGCAUUUGCACGAGAGCAUGGGCUUAUCUUUAUGGAGACAUCUGCCAAAACUGCUUCCAACGUAGAAGAGGCAUUUAUUAAUACAGCAAAGGAAAUCUAUGAGAAAAUACAAGAAGGGGUCUUUGACAUUAAUAAUGAGGCAAAUGGCAUUAAAAUUGGUCCUCAGCACGCUGCUACCAACGCAACACUUGCAGGCAAUCAGGGAGGACAACAGGCUGGUGGAGGCUGCUGUUGAACCUAUUUUUACUUCUUAGCUGCCUGAUGGAGCCUACUAACUUGUUUCACCCUCUCCCACUCAGUUUCAACUACGACAUGAAAUUAUUGUAAGAUGGUAUCAUGUUGCAGAAGACUUUAUUCUUCAAAUUCUUGUAAAACUUUGAAUAAAUGGUUAAUGUUCACUUAAAGACAGGUUUUGGAGAUUGUAUUCAUAUCUAUAUUUCCAUUUGAUUUCUAAGUCAGUUGAUGUGAUUAUUUUUGUUAAAUGUUGUCUUGUGCCCUUGACUACAAACUGUAUUAAACACUACAAAGUCAUCUGAGUAUUUUAAUCAGUUUGAGUAGUUAGGUUGCCCAACUACAGUGGCUACCUAAUGUUUAAUAUUGUAGAACUGUCCUCAAUUUUUGAUCAUUUGCAAGGCUCUGAAGAAAAGCAGAUGGACUCUUAAUUCUGUAUUUAUCAUUUACUUUCUGUAUAUAUAGUUUAACAACCUGCUUGGGUGUAUUUGCCAAGCUAUAAUUCUUCAAUGCAUUUGCAUACAUUCUAUACGUUUAGAGCUUGGAAUUACAAAAACAUUAUUAGAAAUUGCUUAGAUGCUGAAUUUUAAACCUUAUUGACAUAUUAGCAUGUUCGCCCUCUUGUCAUUAUUCUAGAGUCCAAAAUGCUUUAUGUAUAUUAUUACUAGAAGCUACAUAUGCAUUACCUAUUUUAAUGCCAAAUGUUUGCUGUUUGUUCACAACUUCCCACAGCACCUCUUCAGAAAUGAAUAUAGCUGUUUGCCUUAAUUAUAUAGGUUAAAACAUAUUAUAAUGAGUAAAAAAUACAGGAAACGAUGAAACUCAUAAAAUGACACAUUAUGAAGACAGUACUCUUUAAAGUUUUUAUUUGCUUCUUCAUUUCUAGGUAUACUUUCAUCAAGGACAGUUUUUCAAUUUAGAUGUACAGUGACUGUGUAAACUUGUUUUUUUUCUUUUCUUUUUGGUUGACAACAUGUAAUCUUAAUAUGGUAAGCAUCUUGUCUGUUGUGAAGGGGGUGUGACAAUAAAACUGCCAGAUUGAAAAUCCUGAUAAAAGCCAAAAUUGGAAAUAUUUUAAUGUUGUAAUCCACAUGGUGAUUUUAUUUUCAUUUUCCCUGUGCUUCUAAUGAAUUAGUUUAUAGUACUGCAAACCAGAUUCCUGUUUACCAGUAUAUUCAAGUAUAGAAUAUUAAUAGGGCUCAGACUAAGAGAGACAGUUAUUCCUUGAAUCCAACUUUUGCAGCUUUUAAAAAUUAAUUCAUUUCUGAGUUGAGUUUAGAAUCUAAGGAGGGAAGUAUGACCUGAUAAAAACAUCAAGAUAUUUCCAUCCUUCACCUCUUAACUUUGGGUGCCUUGAUGGGUAAACAAUAACUAAAUACAUUAUGCAGUUAUUUGUUUAUUACAUUGUUUAGUAUCAUCCUUUCUGCAAGUCUAAAUUAACACUUUACUUUUUAUAGUAACGUUAUGAGGGAGAUUUGCCUGGGAUAUUGUCAGAGAUGUCCUGCUCUACUUAUGCUAUCUUACACGUGAUUUGUAGGAAAGGGCCUAAAAAGUCCAACCUAAAAGAAAAUCAUAAUUCUGGUUUAAAAAAUAAAUGUCUGUUUCACCUCUGGCUACUAUA